AGGGGUGAGAGGAAGAUGGGCCCGGGGACUGGGCCGAGCUACGCAGGGCUGAAUGGGCUACGGGAGAGAGCUCGGGCUCGAGGGAGACUAGACACUAUACCUCGCAAGGCGCGAGAAGAGGGAAGACCUGGUGGGGCUGAAAGAUCAGCUCCAGCCUUGGGUCGAGCGGGGCUGGCGUGGAGGCCGGAAGCAGAGCUGGGGGGUCCCAGGACAACGGCCAGGCAUUGAACUGAGAUGGCUCAAGGCUGACAUUCCGUGAGUUGGGAUCCUGACAGAUGUGCACAGGCUGCUGCUAUUGUUGCUGUGGAUGAUUUAAAAGCACCAGGCAGUCCAGGGCUGGGAGAAGAGGCAUUCUCUCUGCCUGGAUGUGUGGGAACUCCCUGCCAACUUGAUUGAAGGAUCGGGGCGGGGGUGUCCACCCCCACCCCACAAAGAAAGCAUAUUCCAUUUUGUGGGUGAGGCUUCAGGUGCCAGCCCCUGAAGGAUGGCCACCCCUGUGGUCACCAAGACAGCCUGGAAGUUACAAGAGAUUGUUGCCCAUGCCAGCAAUGUGUCCUCGCUGGUAUUGGGCAAAGCUUCGGGACGGCUUCUGGCCACAGGCGGGGAUGACUGCCGAGUCAACCUAUGGUCCAUCAACAAGCCCAACUGCAUCAUGAGCCUGACUGGUCACACGUCCCCAGUGGAGAGUGUCCGCCUCAACACCCCAGAGGAGCUCAUUGUGGCUGGCUCGCAGUCGGGCUCCAUCCGCGUCUGGGACCUGGAAGCUGCCAAAAUUCUUCGCACACUCAUGGGGCACAAAGCCAACAUCUGCAGCUUGGAUUUCCACCCGUAUGGCGAGUUCGUGGCCUCCGGUUCCCAGGACACGAACAUCAAACUCUGGGACAUCAGGAGGAAAGGCUGUGUGUUCCGGUACCGGGGCCACAGCCAGGCCGUGCGGUGUCUCCGGUUCAGCCCCGAUGGGAAGUGGUUGGCAUCGGCCGCAGAUGACCACACGGUGAAGCUCUGGGACCUGACUGCUGGCAAGAUGAUGUCCGAUUUCCCUGGUCACACGGGGCCUGUAAACGUGGUAGAGUUUCACCCCAACGAGUACCUCCUGGCUUCUGGCAGCUCUGACAGGACGAUCCGUUUCUGGGAUCUGGAGAAGUUCCAGGUAGUGAGCUGCAUCGAAGGAGAGCCAGGCCCUGUCAGGAGCGUCCUCUUCAACCCGGAUGGCUGCUGCCUGUACAGUGGCUGCCAGGACUCACUGCGUGUCUAUGGCUGGGAGCCUGAGCGCUGCUUCGAUGUGGUCCUUGUCAACUGGGGCAAGGUGGCUGACCUGGCCAUCUGCAAUGACCAGCUGAUAGGCGUGGCCUUCUCCCAAAGCAACGUCUCCUCUUACGUGGUGGACCUGACACGGGUCACUAGGACUGGCACAGUGGCCCAGGACCCCGUGCAGGACAGCCGGCCCCUGACAGAGCAGCCACCCAACCCCAGUGCCCCACUCCGGCGCAUCUACGAGCGGCCCAGCACGACCUGCAGCAAGCCCCAGAGGGUGAAGCACAACUCAGAGAGUGAGCGCCGCAGCCCCAGCAGCGAGGAUGACAAGGACGAUCGCGAGUCCCGGGCUGAGAUCCAGAACGCUGAGGACUACAACGAGAUCUUCCAGCCCAAGAACAGCAUCAGUCGGACACCACCCCGAAGAAGCGAGCCCUUCCCAGCACCCCCUGAGGACGACACGACCACAGUGAAGGAGGCAGCAAAGCCCAGUCUAGCCAUGGAUGUGCAGUGCCCAAUGCCAAACCUCGAGGGCCCAGCCCAGCCCCCUGUGCUUACAUCCACACCUACACCCAAGAGUGAGCUCGCCAUCAUCCCAGCCACUCGAAACGAGCCUAUCGGUCUGAAGGCCUCCGACUUCCUGCCCGUGAGUGGGGACUCAGCCAGAGGGGCUGUGAAGAUCCCCCAGCAAGCAGAGCUGGUGGAUGAAGAUGCCAUGUCACAGAUCCGCAAAGGCCAUGACACCAUGUGCGUAGUACUCACCAGCCGCCACAAGAACCUGGACACCGUGCGGGCUGUGUGGACCACAAGUGACAUCAAGACAUCAGUAGACUCUGCCGUGGCCAUCAAUGACCUGUCAGUGGUGGUGGACCUCCUGAACAUAGUCAACCAGAAAGCCUCCCUGUGGAAACUGGACCUGUGCACCACUGUCCUGCCUCAGAUCGAGAAGCUUCUGCAGAGCAAGUAUGAGAGCUACGUCCAGACUGGCUGCACAUCCUUGAAGCUGAUCCUGCAGCGCUUCCUGCCCCUGAUCACAGACAUCCUGGCUGCCCCGCCCUCCGUGGGUGUUGACAUCAGCCGGGAGGAGAGGCUACACAAGUGCCGGCUCUGCUACAAGCAGCUCAAGAGCAUCAGUGGCCUCAUCAAGAGCAAGUCCAGCCUGAGUGGCCGCCACGGCAGUGCCUUCCGGGAGCUGCACCUGCUCAUGGCUGCUUUGGACUGAGGGGUUCAGUGGGCAGGGCACCCAGCAGCCCUCAGGACCUGGCCUCCUUCCUCUUCCCUGUGUGCCCACUGGCUCAGGAGCCUCUGCCUGGUCUCUGCUACUGCCCCAAGGCCAUCCUGGAGGUGGCUAAGUGGGCCCUGACCUUCAACAGCUGCCCAGCUUCGCUCAACUCUUGUUUCUCGGGGCAGCAAACACAGUCCUGGGGCUGCUGCUAUAAUUUAUAGGCAGGUUUUAUUAAAUUUGUAACUGUU